AUGCCGGUUAUGUUUGAGGGCGGUGCAGAUCCAAUGGCAGCAGACGACUACAUGGAUCAAGUUAAGACACAGUUGACCUCAAUGGAUGUGACAGAGGAUCACCUGAAGAUCAUCCUAACAACUUACAAGUUUGCUAAGGAUGCCAAACUUUGGUGGAAAAUGGUUACGAAUCGGCAUAAGGUGGAAGAGAUGAGUUGGGACAAGUUCAAGGAACUAUUUUACGAGAAGUAUUUUUCGCUUUCUAAAAGAUGGGAGUUAAAAGACCAGUUUCUUGGCCUUAUUCAAGGCAAUAUGUCAGUGGCGGAGUAUGAGAACAAAAUGAGGCCGUUGAUAACGGCACAGUUUAUCAAAGUUUAUUCUGAGGCAGUAGAGAGGGCCUUGAUGCUUGAGGUUGAUAUUAAAGAUAAGGAUGCAAGAAGGGAGCAGUGGAAGCAAAAGAAGAAUGCAUGGUCAUUUUCAGAGGGACCUUUAGGGAAGAGGAACAGGGGUGGUUCAUCUCAGUUUCAGGGGCAGCAGUCAGCACGAUCCACUCCCACCACUCCUAUGCCAGCAGGGUCUACCAGGAUUGGUGUCAUUUGUUAUCGUUGUAAUCAACCGAGUCACUACAAGUCAGAAUGUCCACAGACAUCGGUUAAUUCUGGGGCUUGUUUUGGUUGUGGCCAACAGGGUCAUAAGGUUAAGAAUUGUCCUAAUCAGGGAGCAGGCACCAGUAGUGGCAGAGGGUCACAGCAGAGGCCGUCAUAG